AUGCAUUCGACAACGCGACGUUUGGCCCUGGUCGGUCUCCUGAUGGCUCUCGGUGUCACCGCCUAUGCCAAGCCACAUGGCAGCUGGAGCAGCGGAGGUGGCAGCGGCAGCGGUGGUGGAGGCUGGUCCUCGGGCGGCAACAAGAUCAGCAUCAGCGCCUGGCCCUCUAGCGGUGGUUGGUCCUCGGGCGGAGGAGGAGGCAGUGGCUGGCAGAGUGGCGGAGGAAGCGGCGGCUGGAAGAGUGGCGGAGGAGGAGGCAGUGGCUGGCAGAGUGGCGGAGGAGGAGGCAGUGGCUGGAAGAGUGGCGGAGGAAGCAGCGGUUGGUCCUCGGGCGGAUCCUCGGGCUGGCCCAGCGGCGGUGGCGGCGGCAGCUCUGGAUGGAAACUGAGCUCGGGCGGUGGCGGAGGAUCCGGCUGGUCGAGUGCCUUAUCUGGCCUAUCCGGCUUGAAGUCCCAGGCCUUGUCCAGCCUAAGCAGCGGCUGGAAGAGCGGCGGAGGUGGACUCCUUGGAGGUGGCGGCUGGUCAAGUGGGGGAGGCGGCGGCAGCUCUGGCUGGAAGAGCGGAGGAGGCUCCUCCGGAUGGUCCCUGGGCAGCAGCUCCUCGGCCUGGCCCAGCAAGAGCAGCAGUGGCUGGUCCUCAGGCGGCAGUGGUGGCGGCGGCGGCGGUGGCUGGAGCUGGUAA